AAAAAAAAAUAUAUUCUUCACUUCCUCACUAAUCCUCAGUCCUCACCUCAGUGAAACAGACCGAAUACAAAAAUCGAAUGCUGCUUGCUUGGCCUUUACAUUUAAAUAGUUGGGGAUUGUGAAUCUAAUAAACCACCAAAAUAAAGAAACGAACCAGCUCAAUCAACUAUCGACAGUCAACAAAUUUAAAGACAAAAUGUCGUUUUUCUCUGCCAAAAACGAUGUUAGUAGUGGCCCAUCUGAAGACGGACAAAAUCAGGAGUUGGCUGCUUGGCGAGAUCCAGCUAAGGACCAAGCACAAAACUCUCUAGGUUCUUUUUAUGUAGAGGCUGAAUGUGAAUCUCCUGAAGAAUCGUCAGACGAUGAUGUGUGUUUUGGAGAAUAUACAAUGGAAGAAGCCAAGAAGGACGUCAAAAGAAAUUGGGCAAGACCAAUUACCAAAAGGCAUUCCUCUAUUUGCAGGUUCAAGUAUCUUGAUGUUAACAAAGAAAUGGAUGCCGUAACCAACCAGUUUGCAGAUUUACUGACCAACCCUUCCCAAGAUGUUACUUCAAACGAAUACCUUGAAGUAGAUGGAAGUAGAAAUUCAGAAUUUCUCCAUAAACUUGAAAAAUGUAUCAACGAUCCGAUAUCAGGACAUACAUCGUAUAAUACAGCAUUUGAUCAAACCAACAUGGAUAAGAAUGGUGAUAAUCCAGAGCAAGAAUCUUGUCCAGAUGACAGUAUAAUAAGUGUAAGUGAUGAUAGUUCAUCACAACUUCACACAUCGGGUUAUGAGUUUGUUAACGAAGAUUCUGCAAGUCCUGCGAUGAUUUAUAUGAGAGAAGAGGGUCAAGAGCUUACUAAGGAAGCUAUUAAAAAUGACGAUUCCUUUAGAUCUGCAAUGCAAACAUCAUUUGUCAAUAGAGUUGAGGUUGAUAAGGUAGAUCCACGUUUAAAACUUGACUUCAAUCACUUGAGUGGAAUUACUGAAAAAACUGAAUUCACAAGUGAGUUUGUAAGUUUUUCUUCUAAUAGCGAUGCAUCGUCAAAUAUCCCUGUAAUUCAAAUAAAUGAUGGUACGGGCUCUUCCUAUGAGAAUCUUAGUGGCUCAUUUAUCUCCGAGGCUUCUGAAAAUCAACUUAACGUUUCAACGUCAUCAGUUAAAAAUGAUUAUUUUACUACUGCAUCAUCAGAAGAUAAAAUUGCUCCAUCAUCAACUUUGCCUCCAAGUGAUUUAAGUUCAUAUGAAGACGAAAAAAACAAUUCAAUAGAUUUUGAUGAUACACUAGAGGAAAUGAAUCGAUUUUUAGCACAAGGCAUGGACUACAUAAUGCCUGAAAAAACUACAGUAGUUAAAAAUGUACCCCUAUUGGAACAAAACCUCAUUGUUAGUCCCAUUUCAGGUUCAUUUGAAAAUGACAGUGACAAAGAGUUUCCCUGUUUAGAAACCAAGCCAUACAGAAACUGUUAUUCAGUUGAAAAAGUUUCAGCACCAAAGCCAACUGCUAAAACCUCUAAAAGUGCCACUAAACCAAAGUUUGUUUCCAAAAUCAAACUUCCGACUGUUACAAAAAAACUUGGUGGCAACGAAGCGAACGCCAUAUUUAAGGUUCCAAAUAAACCCAUUAGGACUCCAAGUAAACUGAAUCCAGCACUAAAAAAUGUUGUGAGCCCUGUUGGAAUUUACAUAAAACAUUCACCAAAAGUUUGCCCAAUGAGAAAUGCGCCUCCACCAACUAAGUUAAAGCUACCAUUAUACACACACACUUCACAUGCUAUCAGCUCAUCUCAUAAAGAAAAUAUACCUGCUUCUGAGGAUUUCGAUAUGCCCACGGUGAUUUAUAAACCAGCUAGAAAGCAAAUUGCUACUGAGGUGCGCCAAGUCAACUUACCGAACAGCAUUAAUAAGCUGGUUAAUCCUCAAGUGGUUACUAAACACGAGGCUAGGACUGACAACUGUAAUCAAUCCAUUGAGAGACGAUUGAUGGAGUCGGAUUAUUCAAUCAAUCUAUCUUUGGAUACAACUGCAGGAGAUGUGUCAAUUUUGACGCAUAAUCAGCCAUUCAAUUUGAAAAAGUUUUAAGAGAAUUUUCGUGAUAAUUAGUAUGAAUGUGUAGGGUAAGGUAUUAUGUUAUAUUAUAAUGUGAAGUCAAGUUUUAUUCAAGGAAGCAUUGUGUGGGAAUUUUGUUUAUUUUUAAGAUAUUGUAUUUUUCAAUGUUCCACCAAUAUGUCAUUGGUUCCAGCAAAUAUAGGUGUGUUAUUUAUCAGAGUAGUCGUCGAUUUUUUUUUUUGACAUUUAUACCAAUGAAAUAAAUAUAUGUACUUUCCUUUA